AUUGAGAGAAAUGGGCUCAGUGGUCUGCAAUGGUAACGUUUGUUUACAGCUCAUUUAUGUGGAGACACCGACUCUUUCAAAAUAAGAGGCCAAAAGGUUAAAAACAUGAAAACUUAGUACGCUUUUUUUCAUAACAAACCAGUUGAGCGUUGGAUCUCACCAUCUCACUGAGAUAGAGAAAGAGAGUAACACAGAGAGAGAGAGAGAGAGAGACAGAGACAGAGACAGAGAGAGAGAGAGAUGUCAAGGCGAUCUGGGGCGUGCUUGAGGUGUUGUUUGGUGGUGUUUGCGGUGAUAUCAGCUUUGGGAGUGUGCGGGCCGGCUCUGUAUUGGAAAUUCAAGAAGGGUAUAAAGCUCGGUAGUUCCAAAGCCUCUUGCCCUCCUUGCAUCUGUGAUUGCCCUCCUCCUCUGUCCCUUCUCAAGAUUGCUCCUGGGCUGGCCAAUCUCUCGGUAACAGAUUGUGGAAGUAAUGACCCGGAUCUCAAGCAGGAGAUGGAGAAGCAGUUUGUGGACCUUCUGACGGAGGAGUUGAAGCUGCAGCAGGCUGUUGCGGAGGAGCACACACGCCAUAUGAACAUUACCUUUGCCGAAGCCAAAAGAGUUGCUUCUCAGUACCAGAGGGAGGCAGAAAAAUGCAAUGCUGCCACUGAAACCUGUGAGGAGGCCCGAGAGCGGGCCGAGGCGUUAAUGAUCAAGGAGAGAAAGGUGACUUUGUUGUGGGAGCGGCGUGCCCGUCAAAUGGGCUGGGAAGGGGAGUAAUUGUCUGCAGAAUUCGAUUUAUUUUUUUUCAGACCAAGCAGUGAAUUGUUCCACCCUCGAUAUUUAUACAAGCAGUCAAGCGAAAGUGCUUUGAGUUGUCACCUUGUUGAGGCAGAAAUGCUCUCUCUCUCUCUCUCCCCUCCCUCUCUCUAUAGGCGUUGCCCUCAGAUAUCCUGUAUGCAUCAAUCUUUAAACUAUAAAUGACAAUGUAAUGGACGUCUCAGCUCUACCAUUUACUAAUAUAUGCAGAGCUAUUGAUGUGGUAAAUCAUUACAUAUUACAAGCA